AGCAGGAGAAGCAGCAGCCGCAAGAAGUUAGAGAUCCGAUACAUACUAGGUUCCAUUGCAUCACACUUCAGUCACUCCCCCGAAACCAUCAAAUCACGCGAUCAUCUCUCAGUGACACGACCAUCAAAUCAUCCAAAGAGGAUAGAGAGAGAGAGUGAGAGUGAUCAGCAGCUGUAGAGAAAAAAAUUAUUAUAUUUAAUUCAGCUACUAAAAGCGAGUGAGCUAGAGGGGAAGCAAGCAAGCGGUCUUCUCGUUGCUGCGUCAAAUCAGUCGGGAAGAGCUUGCAGCUAGCGGGUGGAGGUAGAGGAAGAUCGAUUGCGAUGUCGUCGUCGUCCUCGUCGUCGGCGUCCUCGGCGGCGUCAGCGGCGUUCCGGCCGGCGGUGCGGCGGGAGGAGCAGCAGGUGGACGAGAAAUUCCCGGCGGCGGCGGCGGCGAUGCAGGAGCUGGUGGCGCCGCCGGCCGAGCAGGAGCAGCUCUGCUACGUGCACUGCCACUACUGCGACACCGUGCUCGUCGUGAGCGUGCCGAGCAGCAGUCUGUUCAAGACGGUGACGGUGCGGUGCGGCCACUGCAGCAGCCUGCUCACCGUCAACAUGAGGGGGCUCCUCCUCCCCACCACGCCGACGAGCGCCGCUGCCACCGUCGCCGCCGCCACCGCGCCACCACCUCCACCCCCGCCGCCGGCCGCCUCGGCCAAGCACUUCCCCCACUCUCUCAACCUCGCGCCCACCGGCAACCACCACUCCCUCCUGGACGAGAUAUCGAGCGCGAACGCCACGAGCAGCCAGCUGCUGCUGGAGCAGCACGGCCUCGGCUGCCUGAUGGCGAGUGCAGCAGCAGGCUGCAGGAACAACAACGCCCCGGCGCUGCGGCCGCCGCCACCGCCACCGCAGCCGGUGCCGGCGCCGGCGACGAAAGGGGCGAAAGAGCCGUCCCCCCGGACGAACACCGCCGUCAACAGACCUCCGGAGAAGAGGCAGCGCGUGCCGUCGGCGUACAACCGCUUCAUCAAGGACGAAAUCCAACGCAUCAAGGCUGGCAAUCCCGACAUCUCGCACAGGGAGGCCUUCAGCGCGGCUGCCAAGAACUGGGCACACUUUCCACACAUCCACUUUGGGCUCAUGCCGGAUCACCAGGGGCUCAAGAAGGCCAGCCUGCUUCCUCAGGAUCAUCAGAGAAAGGAUGGGCUACUAAAGGACGGGCUCUACGCAGCGGCGGCCAACAUGGGUGUUGCACCGUACUGAUUAAGCUUAGCUAGCAAACUGCAGCCAAGUAGAAUCAGAUCAAAGAAGUUGCCUGGCUACCAAUUAAGUUUAGCUCCUCAAUUAAUUAACUAGUUAAUGAUGUGGUACUGCCGUCUCGAUCUGUUGGUAUCACCUAGGUAGGUAUAAUUAAUCUGAUAUGGUCAUCUAGCUAGCUAGCUAAUUGAGCUCCAUCUGCUAGCUAGUUAAUUUGCUGAAUCUGAUACCUAUAUAUGAUGAUGAUGUUUUGUUCUGGUAGUUGAU